AUGCAUUUGCUGUGGAGUACCGUAUUCUCUCUGUUGGCUGGCAGUAGUCUUGCCCUACCAGGGAGUCAUGAUAAAGUAUUCACAGUCAAGCAGGCCCGCGCCGCUGGGUAUGUUCUCAAGGAACCACCAUUGACAACCCCUUGGACGGACAAAGUAGGCACUGAUCCGUGGCCUGAGUAUCCGCGGCCACAGAUGCAGCGAUCGCAAUGGCAGAAUUUGAAUGGAGUAUGGCAGUAUGAGAACGCAUCUAGUCUCGCUGCCGUUCAAAAUCCGCCUUUUGGACAAGACCUUGCACAGGAUGUCCUUGUUCCAUCUUGCUUGGAGAGUGGUUUGUCAGGGGUCCAGGGUGAGUAUAUGAUAUACUCGUGGUUCUCAACCUCAUUCAAGGUGCCAUCAGACUGGAAGGGUCAGAGUAUCUUGCUCAACUUUGGAGCAGUAGACUAUGAAGCUACAAUUUUUGUCAAUGGACAAAAAGCCGGCUUCCAUCGUGGUGGAUAUUUCCGUUUCACGUUGGACGUUACCGCGUUCCUGAAACCAGGACAAGAAAAUGAACUACUUGUCUUUGUGCACGACCCCACAGAUGAUGGGGAUUAUGUUAUUCCCAUUGGAAAGCAAACUCACAGACCGAGCCAUAUUUUCUACACUCCCUGUAGUGGAAUUUGGCAAAGCGUCUGGAUCGAGGCUGCACCACAGAAUCAUGUCUCACGGCUAGACAUCGAUGGAAACAUGGAAGGCCAAGUCAAUAUGACCGUGCACACUUCCUCUGUCAAUACCACAACCAGUGUUCAAGUUGUUGUGCAUGAUGGCGACAAUGUUGUUGCGACUUAUAGAGGUCCGACAAACCAGCCUUUCCAGUUUAACGUCGACUCCCCGAAACUGUGGUCUCCGAACUCGCCCAAUCUGUACAACAUCACCGUCACAUUGGGCAAAGACCAGGUCCAAAGUUACACGGGAUUCCGCACCAUUUCCAGGGGCACCGUCGACGGUGUCGUUCGGCCGCUAUUGAACGGCGAGUUUAUAUUCAUGUUCGGCACUCUCGACCAAGGCUUUUGGCCGGAUGGUAUUUACACACCUCCUACCAAGGAGGCUAUGGUCUACGAUCUCCAAAUGCUAAAAAAGCUCGGCUUCAACAUGGUCCGCAAGCAUAUCAAAGUUGAGCCUGAGCUUUUUUAUCGUGCUUGUGAUGAGCUAGGGCUGCUUGUUAUCCAGGACAUGCCUUCCCUGCGACCGAUUCAAAGCAGGAAGCUGUCUGACUGUACCUCCCAGACCAUUUUGCCGAAUGCAGCACAGCAGGCUGAAUUCUCGCGCCAGCUGGAGGUCCUGGUCAAUCAGCACAAGAGCUUCCCUAGUAUUGCAACUUGGGUUAUCUACAAUGAAGGCUGGGGACAGCUGACGGACUACUACCCCGAAUUUGAGUUGACCGACCGGGUCAGACAGCUAGAUCCAACACGGCUAGUGGAUUCGACAACCGGUUGGUACGACCAUGGAGCAGGAGACUUUAGCGAUAACCACCACUACGCCAACCCACAAUGUGGAACCCCAUUCUACUCCACCUCCUCCAGCCCUUACGACGACACCCGAAUCGGUUUCCAGGGAGAAUUUGGCGGGAUAGGCAACAACGUCUCCAUUGAACACCGAAACCUUGCUCACAAUUUCAGUCUCUGGAACAACCAAGACGCAAUCAACACUAUCAACCAGACCUACGAAAUUGACAUUACCCUCGACGCCUGGAACUACCGUAGUCAUUUCCUCCUCAGCGAAUUGCAGGACCAGGUGCGCCUUUUCUCCUGCAGCGGUGGCGUUUGGACACAGACCACCGACGUAGAAGGCGAAGUCAACGGACUGAUGACCUACGAUCGACGCUUAUCUCGCGUUGAUGAGGACCAAUGGAAAGCCGACAUCCAGGGUCUGUAUGAUGCAGCUGCGGCACGCAGCAACGGCACCAUGUCUGCGUGA